AUGGAACUUGACUGUGGAGCCGAGGACUCCAUCAUGAGGUCCAGAGUGGAAGAACAGUCAAAAUCGAUCAAGAAAACGUGGAAGGAUGAUUGGGACCCGAAAGAUCCGUUGCUGAAUUUUCUCUUGCUGAAACACCAGCGAGAUCACAAUGGGGUGAGACCAUUCACCUGCUCCAAGUGUGGGAAGGGAUUCACUACCUUAUCUUCCUUGCUGAUACACCAGCGAAUUCACAGUGGGGAGAGGCCAUUCAUUUGCUGUGUGUGUGGCAAUACAUUCGCUCGGUCGCCCCAACUGUUGGUACACCAGCGCAUUCACACUGGGGAGAGGCCGUUCAUCUGCUCUGACUGUGGGAAGGGAUUCAGUCAGUCAGCCCAUCUGCUGACUCACCAGCGAGUUCACACUGGGGAGAGGCCAUUCACCUGUCCCCAGUGUGGGAAGGGGUUCACUCGGUCAUCCCACCUGCAGACACACCAGCGGGUUCACACUGGGGAGAGACCUUUUAAAUGCCCAGACUGCGGGAAGUGCUCUCACUGUGGCACUGGGUUCAGGCGAUCAUUUGAACUCACUGCACACCAGCGAGUUCACACUGGGGAGAGUCCUUUCACCUGCUCUGAAUGUGGGAAGGGAUUCAGUGUUUCAUCCCGUCUGCUGACGCACCGUCGCAUUCACACUGGAGAGGGGCUGGUCACCUGCUCCAGAUGUGGGAAGAGAUUCACUCGGUCAUCCCAUCUGUUGACACAUCAGUGCACUCACACUGGGGAGAGGCCAUAUACCUGCUCUGUGUGCGGGAAGGGAUUCACUUGUUUAUCACAACUGCUGACCCACCAGCGAGUUCACACUGGGGAGAGGCCAUUUACCUGCUCCAGUUGUGGGAAGGGAUUCACUACCUCAUCCAACCUGCUGAGACACCAGCGGGUUCACAUCGACUAGAGACCUUUUAAAUGCCCAGACUAGGAAAUGCUAUAAAAGUUCUAGGGGCCUGAUGUCCCAUCAAAAUGUUCACUGAUAUGAAACCUUUCAGCUGCUCUCACUGUGGCACUGAGUUCAGGCAAUCAUCUCACCUCACUGUUACACCAGUGCAGUCACAUUGGGGAGAGGCCAUCUCAUGCUCAGGAUGUGGGAAGAGUUUUGAUCAGACGUGCACCCUUCUGAGACACCAGCAAGUUCUCACUGGGAAGAGGCCAAUCAUCUGCUCCCUUUGUGGGUAGGGAUUAACUCAGUCAUGCAGCCUGCUGUUGGACAGUUAUUCACUUGCUCCUUGUGUGGGAAAGGAUUCAUGGAAUCAACUGACCUGAUGAAUCACCAACAUGUUCUCACUGGGAAAAGACUGUGCAGGUGAUAUGGACACGAGUUUGAUUCAUUAAUUUAUCCGAUCUCCGGACAGAGCAGCGAGUUCACACUGGGCUGAGACUGUUCACCUGCUAAGUGUGUGGGAAAGGAUUCACUCAGUUGUUUAAACUUCUGACUCAUCAGUGAGUUCAUACUGCAUGGAGAGUGUUUGCUCUUCUGUGUGUCUCUGUGUAAAAGGAUUUGAUCGUCAUGACAACUGUGAAAAUGUCAAUGACAAAGUGGAGAGAGCCUUUUCACCUGCUUCCUGUCUGGAAACACACUUCCUGAUUUUAGAUAUAAUACUGAUCAGAGAUCCGGGAAUUCAUUUCAAAUUAUUAGUGUUGCUCCCUAAAAGCUAAAUAUACUUUGUGCUUUUACAGAAUUAUCUGUCCC